AUGAAGCGUCUCUUCAUGUUCGUGGUACUUCUAGCUGGCAUUAUCGCAACCGGAGUGGCACUCGGAGAACCUGAAUACGGAAACAACAAACUUAGUGACACCUCACACCAGAGAUAUUUGAGAGUCACGGGAACGACGUACAACGACGCUGCCGCUGAAGAGAGAAGACUCCAGAGUAGUUUGUAUGGGGUGCUGGGUAAGGCUGCGACGAAGUUGCCUUUGCCCGAAAAACUGAAGUUUGUGAUCUGGAGGAAGGCGGGUUGGGAUUACAACAUUCUCAAACAGAAAUUGUUCAAGGGAGUACCGAAGGAAGUGUACGAGAAGGAUCCUAGGUUCGAAAAGGUCUUGCUCAAGUUUGGCGCUUACAUGAGGUCGAUGUAA